GUUUCGUUCGGUCGUUCCAGUUUCUCUGUUUUGCUUCCGUUUGGUUCCGAAUCGGUAAACGGUUUAUCUGUUGCACGCGUGUGGCUAGUCGACAUCACAAUUGUAAGCAUCACCACGCCCAAUAAGGCUACAAUGUACGGUAGAGUUUCAAGAGGAUGUCUGUGAAUGCUCCCACUUCUACUCUCGGGAUUUCUGCUCAUACUGUGGCUACUCUGGAGGAUUAAGGACAAGAUGAUGCUGGACCAAGAUGGGGAAACUCCGACUGGCUGUGGAAGCCCUGCAGCUGCAGCACAAGAGGAGAUGCAAGCGGCCGAUGGACCCACCGCAGCGGUACACGCCCCUGUUGAACACUCCACACCAAUGGGUCUUGCAUCAUCUACCUCAGACAGCGGGGCCAACAGUCCCCAAACCCACAUUGACCCCUCUGAGGGACCCUUGAUACCCAGGGCAGGGCCUCCUCAGGCCUCUUCAGAGGGGAUGACAGAGCAGUACACACAGACCCAACCAUCUCCCUUCGUCGUUCCUCAGCCUCCCAGUAGAACGACCAGGCCCAAGUUCAGCUCAGGCCCCGAGGUUCGACGAGCCUGUCUCAAGUUCAUCCUGGGGGCGUCGGAGGACAAUUCAUCAGAUGACGAGCCGCCUUUGACCAUGAAACCCCCUACAGGUUCGAGUUCUUCUGAGGCAGCAGCCACCGCCUCCACCGUACGACAAACUGCAUCAGCAACCUCAAGCGCCUUCUCCCCCCCACAGCAAGUUCAAUCAGUAACGUUAACCACCACCUCCCCUGGCAUGAGGCCCAGCAUGUCUCACCCACACCUGGUGAAGAAGGUUCGCGACAGCCGGAAAAUGGAGCUGCAGAGAGACUUCACAGUGGCCUCGCCAGCCGAGUUUGUCACCCGCUUCGGUGGAAACCGGGUCAUAAAUAAGGUGCUGAUAGCUAAUAAUGGCAUAGCAGCGGUCAAAUGUAUGCGUUCCAUCCGCCGUUGGUCCUACGAGAUGUUCCGGAACGAGAGGACCAUCCGUUUUGUGGUGAUGGUCACCCCUGAGGACCUGAAAGCUAACGCAGAGUAUAUCAAAAUGGCGGACCACUAUGUUCCCGUCCCAGGCGGAGCCAACAACAACAACUAUGCCAAUGUAGAGCUGAUCGUAGACAUCGCCAAGAGGAUUCCUGUACAGGGGGUCUGGGCCGGGUGGGGUCACGCCUCUGAGAACCCCAAACUACCUGAGCUCUUGGACAAGAACGGGAUCUCUUUCUUAGGGCCGCCCAGUAAGGCCAUGUGGGCUCUGGGCGAUAAGGUGGCCUCCUCCAUCGUAGCCCAGAGCGCAGACAUCCCCACCCUGCCCUGGAGUGGAUCAGGUCUGAGAGUAGACUGGACAGAGGACGACCAGAGGCUGGGCCACGUGAUUAGCGUGCCUCCAGAGGUCUACGUGCACGGCUGCGUGCGCGAUGUUGACGAUGGACUGGCGGGAGCAGACAGAAUUGGCUACCCGGUGGUGAUAAAAGCGUCAGAAGGAGGAGGGGGCAAGGGUAUCCGGAAGGUGGACAACGCUGAGGACUUUGCCAGCUUCUUUAGACAGGUGCAGGCGGAGGUGCCCGGCUCGCCCAUCUUCGUCAUGCAGCUGGCCCAGCAUGCCCGUCACCUGGAGGUCCAGAUCCUCGCCGACCAGUACGGCAACGCCAUCUCCCUGUUUGGCAGAGACUGCUCCAUCCAGCGGAGACAUCAGAAGAUCAUUGAGGAGGCCCCAGCCACCAUAGCAUCUUCCACCACCUUCGAGCACAUGGAGCAGUAUGCAGUGCGGCUGGCUAAGAUGGUGGGCUACGUGAGUGCAGGCACUGUGGAGUACCUCUUCUCUGAGGACGGGAGCUUCCACUUCCUGGAGCUCAACCCCCGUCUGCAGGUGGAACACCCAUGCACAGAGAUGAUCGGAGACGUCAACCUGCCCGCCGCCCAGCUCCAGAUAGCCAUGGGGAUCCCCCUCCACAGGAUCAAAGACAUCCGCGUGCUGUAUGGAGAGACGCCUUGGGGGGACACCACCAUCAACUUUGAGGCCCCCGACUGUGUCCCCAGUCCCCGGGGACACGUCAUCGCAGCCCGCAUCACCAGCGAGAACCCAGACGAGGGCUUCAAGCCCAGCUCGGGCACGGUGCAGGAGCUCAAUUUCCGCAGCAGUAAAAACGUGUGGGGCUACUUCAGUGUGGGGGCUGCUGGGGGUCUGCAUGAGUUUGCUGACUCCCAGUUUGGCCACUGUUUCUCCUGGGGGGAGAACAGAGAGGAGGCCAUUUCGAACAUGGUGGUCGCCAUGAAGGAGCUGUGUAUCCGUGGGGACUUCAGGACCACGGUGGAGUACCUCAUCAAGCUGCUGGAGACUGAGAGCUUCAGGAACAACGACAUCGACACCAGCUGGCUGGAUAAUCUCAUCGCUGAUAAAGUUCAGGCAGAGAGGCCAGACACCAUGCUGGGCAUUGUCUGUGGGUCGUUACACGUGGCAGACGCCAGCUUCAGGAAGAGCAUGUCUGACUUCCUGCACUCACUGGAAAGAGGCCAGGUGCUGCCUGCAGCCAGUCUGCUGAAUACUGUUGAUGUGGACCUGAUCUACGAGGGGGUCAAAUACUGCCUCAAGGUAGCUCGCCAGUCCCCCACUACGUACGUCGUCAUCAUGAACGGCUCGGACAUCGAGAUCGACGUCCACCGGCUGAGCGACGGCGGGCUCCUGCUCUCCUACAACGGCAGCAGCUACACCACCUACAUGAAGGAGGAAGUGGACAGCUACCGGAUCACUGUUGGCAACAAGACGUGUGUGUUUGAGAAGGAGAGGGACCCCACGGUGCUGAGGUCAUCCUCUGCUGGUAAACUCCUGCAGUACCUGGUGGAGGAUGGAGGCCAUAUCUGCGCCGGGAACUCGUAUGCGGAGAUCGAGGUGAUGAAGAUGGUGAUGACGCUGACGGUGGUGGAGUCGGGCUGUGUCCACUAUGUGAAAAGGCACGGGGCGGUGCUGGAGCCUGGCUGUGUGGUGGCAAGAUUGGACCUGGAUGAUCCCAGCAACAUCCAACCAGUGGAGCUGAACACGGCCUCCUUCCCGGCCCAGCAGCCGCUGCCCAUCGUGGGGGAGAAGCUCCACCAGAUCUUCCACAUGGUCCUGGAGAACCUGGUCAAGGUCAUGGCCGGCUACUGCCUCACCGAGCCCUACUUCAGCAACAAGGUGAAGCAGUGGGUGGACACCCUGAUGAAGACCCUGCGGGACCCCUCGCUGCCCCUGCUGGAGCUCCAGGAGUUAAUGACGAGCGUGGCCAGCCGCAUCCCGCCCAGCGUCGAGAAGGCCAUCCGCAAGGUCAUGGCCCAGUACGCCAGCAACAUCACCUCGGUGCUCUGCCAGUUCCCCAGCCAGAGGAUUGCCUGUAUCUUGGACAGCCACGCAGCCACCCUUCAGAAGAAGGCCGACCGGGAAGUGUUCUUCAUGAACACUCAGAGUAUCGUCCAGCUGGUGCAGAGGUACCGCAGUGGAAUCCGAGGGUACAUGAAGUCUGUGGUGCUGGAUCUGCUCAAGUGUUACCUUCAGGUGGAGACGCAAUUCCAGCAAGCUCACUACGACAAGUGUGUGAUCAACCUGAGGGAGCAGUACAAGCCUGACAUGACCCCUGUGCUGGAGAGCAUCUUUUCUCACGCUCAGGUCUCCAAGAAGAACAUCCUGGUCACCAUACUCAUCGAUCAGCUGUGUGGGCGGGACCCCACCCUAGCAGACGAGCUGAUGGUCAUCCUGAAUGAGCUCACACUGCUCAACAAGAUGGAGAAUGCAAAGGUGGCACUGCGUGCCAGACAGGUUUUGAUCGCUUCCCAUCUGCCCUCUUAUGAACUGAGGCACAACCAGGUGGAGUCCAUCUUUCUGUCUGCCAUCGACAUGUAUGGACACCAGUUCUGCCCAGAGAACCUGAAGAAACUCAUCCUGUCUGAGACUUCCAUCUUUGACGUCUUGCCCAAUUUCUUCUACCACUCUAACCGGGUGGUGUGCAUGGCUGCCUUGGAGGUGUACGUGCGAAGGGGCUACAUUGCUUACGAGCUGAACAGCCUCCAGCAUCACCAGUUGCCGGACGGGACGUGUGCCGUAGACUUCCAGUUCAUGUUGCCGUCGUCCCACCCCAACAGAGGGAGCAGCCCUACUCUGAACAGGUUGGCGAUGCCGGUGAACAGUGUGGGACAGUUUGAGAUGAGGCGGCAGGGUAGCGAACUCUUCCUAGAUGGGGUUUUCUCUCCCCCCUGUCAGCGCAUGGGAGCCAUGGUGGCCUUCCAGUGUUUCGAAGACUUCAAAAGGAACUUUGAUGAGGUUAUCUCCAGUUUUGCUGACCCGGUUCUGGAGAGCCCGCUUUUCCCCGAGGCCUGCUCCAGCCUCUACGAGGAGGAUAACUGCAAGCAGAACAUGAAGGAGAACCCCAUCCACAUCAUCAAUGUGUCCAUCAAGUCAGCGGACACGGAGGAUGACGAUACCUUGGUCACAGCCUUCGCUGCCUUCGCCCAGUCUAAGAAAGUGUUACUCUUUGAGCACGGCAUCCGAAGGAUCACGUUUUUAGUCGCACAGAGGAGGGAAUUUCCCAAGUUCUUCACUUUCAGAGCCAGAGACGGGUUUCAGGAGGAUCGUAUCUACAGGAACCUAGAGCCUGCUCUGGCCUUCCAGCUGGAGCUGAACCGCAUGCGUAACUUUGACCUGACGGCCGUGCCCUGUUCCAACAGCAAGAUGCACCAGUACCUGGGUGCCGCUCGCGUGCAGGAGGGCGCUGAGGUCACAGACUACCGCUACUUCAUCCGAGCCAUCAUGCGCCACUCUGACCUCAUCACAAAGGAAGCGUCAUUUGAGUACCUACAGAACGAGGGUGAGCGUCUUCUCUUGGAGGCCAUGGAUGAGCUGGAGGUGGCCUUCAGCAACACCAAAUGGCGCACCGACUGCAACCACAUCUUCCUCAACUUUGUCCCGACCGUCAUCAUGGACCCCUCCAAGAUUGAGGAGUCGGUGCGCUCCAUGGUGAUGCGUUACGGCAGUAGGCUGUGGAAGCUCCGGGUGCUCCAGGCCGAGCUGAAGAUCAACAUCCGGCUAACGCCCACUGGGACCGCCAUCCCCAUCCGUCUGUUCCUCACCAACGAGUCCGGCUACUACUUGGACAUCAGCUUGUAUAAGGAGGUCACAGACCCCUCAACGGGACAGAUCAUGUUCCAGUCGUACGGGGACAAGCAGGGCCCUCUGCACGGCAUGCUCAUCAACCAUCCCUAUGUCACCAAGGACCUGCUGCAGUCCAAACGUUUCCAGGCCCAGACCUUGGGCACCACCUACGUCUACGACUUCCCAGAGAUGUUCCGACAGGCCCUCUUUAAGCUUUGGGGUCCGGGGGACAGCUACCCUAAAGACGUGCUGAUGUGCACCGAGCUGGUGCUGGACCCGCAUGACCGACUGGUGCAGAUGAACCGCCUGCCUGGAGACAACGAGGUAGGAAUGGUAGCCUUUCGGAUGCGGAUGAAGACGCUAGAGUAUCCCGAGGGCCGCGACAUCAUCGUCAUCUGCAACGACAUCACCUAUAUGAUUGGCUCGUUCGGGCCCCAGGAGGACCAGCUGUUCCUGAGGGCGUCGGAGAUGGCCCGGGCCGAGGGCAUUCCACGCAUCUACAUCUCAGCCAACAGCGGGGCGCGCAUCGGCCUGGCCGAGGAGAUAAGACGCAUGUUUCAGGUUGCCUGGAACGACCCCCAGGACCCUUACAAGGGUUUCAAGUAUCUGUACCUGACGCCCCAGGACUACACCCGCAUCAGCUCCACCAACGCUGUCCACUGCCACCACGUGGAGGAGGGCGGAGAGAGCAGGUACAUCAUCACUGACAUCAUAGGGACCGAAGAUGGUCUUGGGGUGGAGAACCUGAGAGGAUCAGGCACCAUCGCCGGGGAGUCUUCCCAGGCCUAUGACGAGAUCAUCACCAUCAGCAUGGUGACGUGCCGUGCCAUUGGGAUCGGGGCUUAUCUAGUGCGUCUGGGGCAGAGGGUCAUCCAGGUGGAGAACUCCCACAUCAUCUUGACCGGGGCUGGAGCCCUCAACAAGGUUCUGGGUCGAGAAGUGUACACCUCCAACAACCAGCUGGGAGGCGUCCAGAUCAUGCACAACAACGGAGUGACGCACACCACGGUGCCCGAUGACUUUGAGGGCGUUUUCACUAUCCUGCGCUGGCUCUCCUAUAUGCCGAAGACCAAGCAUUCUCCGGUGCCGGUGAUACCACCCAAGGACCCAGUGGAGAGGGAGAUCGAGUUCACCCCCACGAAGGCUCCCUAUGACCCCCGCUGGCUACUGGCCGGGAGGCCCCACCCCACUGUAAAAGGAGCCUGGCAGAGUGGAUUUUGUGACCAUGGCUCGUUCAUGGAGGUGAUGGGGUCUUGGGCCCAGACAGUAGUGGUGGGCAGAGCCAGGUUAGGAGGGAUUCCCCUUGGUGUCAUCGCUGUGGAAACGCGCACCGUUGAGGUGGCUAUCCCGGCCGAUCCAGCCAACUUGGAUUCUGAGGCCAGACUGGUGCAGCAGGCCGGACAGGUGUGGUUCCCGGACUCUGCCUUCAAGACGGCCCAGGCCAUCCGUGACUUCAACCGCGAGCGGCUGCCUCUGAUAGUGUUCGCCAACUGGAGAGGCUUCUCCGGGGGAAUGAAGGACAUGUACGACCAGGUGCUGAAGUAUGGGGCCUAUAUCGUGGACGGCCUGCGUGAGUUCCGCCAGCCUGUGUUGAUCUACAUCCCGCCGCACGCUGAGCUGAGGGGGGGAUCCUGGGUGGUGAUCGACCCCACCAUCAACCUUCUGUGCAUGGAGCUCUACGCAGACAGAGAGAGCAGGGGUGGUGUGCUAGAGGCAGAGGGCACUGUGGAGAUCAAGUAUCGCAGGAAGGACCUGUUGAAAACCAUGCGCCGGAUCGACUCGGUCUACGCCGGUCUGGCUGAACAGCUUGGUACACCGGAGCUGACAGACAAACAGCGGCGGGACCUGGAAGCCAAGCUGAGGGCCAGAGAGGAGUUCCUGCUGCCCAUCUACCACCAAGUGGCAGUGCAGUUUGUGGACCUCCAUGACACCCCUGGUAGAAUGCACGAGAAGGGUGCCAUCACGGACAUCCUGGACUGGAAGAAUGUGCGGAGCUUCUUCUACUGGCGUCUGCGGCGCCUCCUGCUGGAGGGCGUGGUGAAGUGCGAGGUCCUGCAGGCCAACCCAGAGCUGAGUGACGGACACAUCCAGUCCAUGCUACGCCGCUGGUUUGUGGAGACCGAGGGCACGGUCCAGGCGUACCUUUGGGACAAUAACAAAGCGGUGGUGGAGUGGCUGGAGAAGCAUUUGGCCAAAGAGGACGGCACACGAUCCGCCAUCAGAGAGAACAUCAAGUACCUGAAGAGGGACCACGCCUUGAAACACAUCCGCAGCAUUGUGCAGGCCAACCCUGAGGUGACCAUGGACUGCAUCAUCCACAUGAGCCAGUCCAUCACUCCAUCCCAGAGGGCCAAGAUCUCACACCUGCUGGCCACGAUGGACGGCACCGCCCCCAGUUAAACUCCAGAUCUGAGGCUGAGCUGCCCAAUGCCUUACACAGGAAAUCCCUGAAGUUCUAGCAUAGGGGAGAGAAUAGAUAAGUAGGUCUGUGGGAUGUGGACCUAGGGCAGGGGGACACAUGCAGGAUCUCCCCAUCGGUGCUGCCUACUUUCUAUUGUUGAGUUGAGACAAAGCUAAGACGCCAAAGAAGUCAAACGUGUCGAAUUCUCAGGGUUAGGGCUAGUUCGGGCUGCUCAUAUGCUAUAACCAUGCAGCACUAUACACUACACAUGCACUACAUCAAGGGUCCCUGCCUUGGGUAGAUUAUUAUUUUUUUUCCGCGGAUGGUCGGGGGGCCCGGAACAUAGUUAUAAAUCAUUUGUACACUGCAAAUUGACUGCAACAAUCCAAAACAUAUAUAGUAUUUGACAUAAACAGAAUUUUAAACCUUGAUUUCAUUGGGAUACGAUCACUUAUGCCUCUCUAUUUAUGCGUGGGAAUACUUGGGUACAGAUACUAAAUUAAAAUCCCUUUGAGCUGAUUUCCUGGCGAAGUUAGUCUUCUAUGUUCAACAACUGAAAUACAUUUUUUUAAGUCCUUAACUUGGGGGGCCAAAUAAAAUCGCCCGGGGGAUUUCGGAAAGUAUUCAGACCCCUUGACUUUUUCUACAUUUUGUUACAUUACAGCCUUAUUCUAAAAUGGAUUCAUUUGUUUUUUCCCCCCUCAUCAAUCUGCACACUAACCCAUAAUGACAAAGCAAAAACAGAUUUGGGGAUUUGUUUUCUACAUUUAUACAAAAAUAAACUGAUAUCAUUUUUCAUAACCUUUACUCAGUACUGUGUUGAAGAACCUUUGGCAGUGAUUACAGCCUCGAGUCUUCUUUGGUAUGACGCUACAAGCUUGGCACACCAGUAUUCUCCCAUUCUUCUCUGCAGAUCCUCUCAAGCUCUGUCAGGUUGGAUAGAGAGCGUCGCUGCACAGCUAUUUUUCAGGUCACUCCAGAGAUGUUAGAUUGGGUUCAAGUCCGGGCUCUGGCUGGGCCACUCAAGGACAUUAAGACUUGUCCUGAAGCCACUCCUGUGUUGUC